GCGGGCGGCCGGGCCAUGGUGCGGCGCGCCCGGCUGGCGCUGGUGGCGGCGGCGCUGGUGGCGCUGGGGGCGCCGGUGGGUGAGGGCGCGCGGGCCCUGGAGUGGUACACGGCGUGGGUGAGCACGGCCUACGUGGAGCCGCUCAGCAACCGCACGGUGCGGGGCAACACGGAGAGCGGCCGCUACGGGGACAGCUCGCCCAAGGAGAGCGCCCAGGGCCUGGUGGGCAUCCCCCGCGGCGCCUCGCCCCGGCACAUGGAGGGCUGCGCCACCGACACCGACUACGACGUGCCGCUGCCGCCCGGCGGCCGCGGGCCCCCCGAGGGCGACCCGCCGCCCUGGAUCGCCCUGGUGGCCCGCGGCGGCUGCACCUUCAAGGACAAGGUCACCAACGCGGCGCGGAAGCGGGCGGCCGCCGUGGUCAUCUACAACGAGGCCCGCUUCGGCAACAGCACCGUCUCCAUGUCCCACCUGGGAACAGGAAAUACAGUGGUGAUAAUGGUUGGCUAUCCAAAAGGAAUAGAGAUAUUGGAGCCAGUACGAAGAGGGAUUCCAGUAAAAAUGACUAUUGUUGUUGGCACGCGACACGUGCAGGAAUAUAUUAGUGGUCAGUCGGUUGUGUUUGUAGCCAUCGCCUUCAUCACCAUGAUGAUUAUAUCGCUUGCUUGGCUCAUAUUUUACUAUAUACAACGUUUCCUGUAUACAGGAUCACAGUUUGGAAACCAGGGACAUAGGAAAGAAACCAAGAAAGCAAUCAGCCAGCUUCAGCUGCAUACUGUGAAACGUGGAGAAAAGGGUUUAGAUGUUGAUGUGGAAAACUGUGCUGUGUGCAUUGAAAACUAUAAACUGAAAGACACUGUCCGAAUUCUGCCAUGCAAGCACAUCUUCCAUAGAACGUGCAUUGACCCUUGGCUUUUGGACCACCGAACUUGUCCAAUGUGUAAACUAGAUGUUAUCAAAGCUUUGGGAUACUGGGGGGACCCUGAAGAUGUACUUGAAGUUCAAAUACCUGAAUCAAUAAGUGGCAGUGUUUCAGUUGGAAGUCUAAGUAUUGCUUUACAAGACGAUGACAGAAACGAAGUAAGCGAAUUGUCAGCUUCCUCCACUAAUGAAUCUGUAUUGCAGUGUACCAGUUUAAAAGAGGACGCAGGUGAAACCACAGCAUUACUUGAUGUGGAUGUCAGUAAUAACCGGCAUGGAGAACAUCUAUCUAAUGGAAAUUCCCACUGAACUGCUUCAUGGAAGAUAUCUUGAAUAGACUGUUGAAGAACUAUUAUUUUUUAUUUAAUUAGUAUGGACUUUUGUCUAGUUAAUGGAAAAAAUAACAAUGUAAAUUAUUUUACCUUUCAAGCUUUUCUAGCUGGUGUUCCAAAAGGGCUAAUAACUAAGAAUUUUGUACACAGGAGGAUUUUAUAAAAUCUCCUCUGGAUGUCUCAUCCUAAAAAAAGAUGCAAUAACCCUUUUUCUGUAAGCAUUGUUACAAUGUCAUUGUGUUCCAGAGGGCUGUAACAAAGAUGAAGACUAGGCAGUGAAAACAAUGUAGAAUGUCUAACAGAUAAAUAUUUUGGAUGCACUAUUUACAUUCAGUAUGUACACAUGGAGAACACUUACAAGACUACAACUAUUAAAAUGUUCUGAAAGUUCUGAUCUGUUGUAAUUGGAGAUGGAUAUUCUUAGAAAAGACAUAAUCUAACCUUGAAGGAAUCAAAUAACUUCACGGAUAUGUUGCAUAUCCUUUUUUGUGAUGAAAAAAUUGCUAGUUGCAACUUUCCUUGCAUGUAACAAAUACUAAUUUGAUCUUGUAAUGUGUUCUACUCAGAGUGGAUGCUGAGAGAAAAGGAGACUUUCUCCAUCUUGCUAGCUUUUUAUACUGAAUUUGGCUAUAGGUUGUGCUAGGUGGUCUUCACGUGCUGAGCAUGUAGACUUAUUUAGGUAUAUGCACACUGGUUACCUCUUUCAAUCUUAAACUCAGUAGAACAGAGGUAAAGGGCUAAUUAUGGCUAAAAUAUAUUUAUUAGUCUAUUUAUAAGAAUUUACUUAAUUCCUUCUUACUCCUGUUCCCAUCCUGUCCUGCUUUGUUAUGUACAAAUUGAAACUGUUUCUUAGGAUCUAUAAAGUUUUGGUUUGGUUUGGUUUUUCUUUUUUUUUCUUUUCCUUUGCAUAGAGAUGCUGGAAUUCUCUUGGAUAUUCCACAUUAGGAGUUUUGUCUGGGUUUGCCAUUAGCUUUUAUUCGUUUCUUUUAGAUUAGCAGUAUUGUGCCUUAUAGUAAAACACUUAAGAAACCUGAAGCAUCUGAGAGUAAAUAUAAACCCUGGCAUCUCCCAUUAUGACCUCUUAUUCAAAUAUUUAUAUACUGUAAGUGGUAUAAGGAAUUGCUAAACUGUUUUGUAAAGAAAUAUGUAUAUUUAAAACACUACUUAUUAAGAGUGUUAAGUGAAUUGUUUAGGAUUUUAGCGUUGUCAUGUUAUAAAUAAUAUGCUACAUUCCUCAAUUUUCUUUUGUAAAGCUGUUACUACAGGUUGCUUAAAACAGUGUCUUUUACUAGACAUUUGUUUUAGAGUGCAUUUUGUUUUUAAAAUGUAUAUUUGGAAUGUUUUUAAGAAAAUAUGCAAUUCUUUUUCUAACUUAAAUUGAGCUUCAAUAGAAGCAAUAACUUUUUAAUUUUAGAAUGAAUGUUCCAGAAAUGACAGAGGUUUCAGCUGGGGAAACAUAAUCUGAACUUCUACUUUGCAGAGCAGAUGUUUCACCCUAAAUUUCCUUCAAAAAAUUCCUAUUAAUGUCUAAUUUAAAAACAAAAUAAUCUGCCUCUUCCCUGUAGGAGUGUAACUUUUAGGUUUACUGGAAAAUUGUCAGGUUGUAGUUCUGAUGUCACCAGCAGGUGCAAGUUUUUGUGAUGCCUUUAUCUUACAAGAAGCACAUGAGAAUGGAAUAUGACUGACCAACCAUCUCCAAAA